UGUCCCCAGCCUGGAGCAGAUGCUGGCCGCCAACCCCGGGAAGACGCCCAUCAGCCUGCUCCAGGAAUAUGGCACUCGCAUAGGCAAGACCCCCGGCUACGACCUCCUGAAGGCCGAGGGACAAGCCCACCAGCCCAACUUCACCUUCCGUGUCACCGUUGGGGACAUCAGCUGCACCGGGCAGGGGCCCAGCAAGAAGGCGGCGAAGCACAAAGCGGCAGAAGUGGCCCUGAAGCUGCUCAAAGGGGGGGACAUGCUGGAGCCCACCGCCCCCGAGGAGCCCAG